CACAGGUGUCAGUUGCCUAGUUACACUUAGAUUUUUUAAUUUUUUUUCCAUUCAGUGAUUGAUAGACAUAUCUGUGAGUGGAGGUCGGCAAAAAAAAAACAUGUGGAUUAAAUGAAAUGGACUUGCAUUAGAGAGAAAAAGGAAAAGAUCCGCUGCCAUGGCCACUUCUACCGCCCUCCCCCUCCUCACCGUGCCACCUCACAGUGCAGGGCAACUCGCCACAGACAGUGACGAGCUCAGUGAGGACGAACCAAGUGCACCUCAAUUACAUCCGCAUCAUCUCGGCAACAUGAAUAACAGCAAUAACAGCGAGGAAGAAAAGAAAGAGAAGGAACGGAAAGAAAAGGAAGAAAAAGAAGCAAAGGAAAAAGAAGAAAAGGAGAAAGAGAAAGAAAAGGAGAAGGAAAAAGAGAAGGAAAAACAAAAGGAGAAGGAAAAGGAAAAAGAUAAGCCCAAAGAAUUAUUGGUUAUUAAUCCGGCUGGGAACCUGUACUACAACUGGCUGUUCAUCAUCACACUACCAGUCAUGUACAACUGGACCAUGAUCAUAGCCAGGGCUUGCUUUGAGGAGCUGCAGCAUAACUACAUCAUUUACUGGGUUAUUUUGGACUACACCUCAGACAUCAUCUACCUGGCUGACAUGGCCUUCAAGUCCAGAACAGGUUACCUCGAACAAGGCCUGUUGGUGAAGGAUGAGAAGCUGCUUCGGGAUAAGUACAUCAGCAGCUUCCAGUUUCGUCUCGAUGUUAUCUCCAUGCUGCCCACUGACCUCCUCUAUUUCUUCCUCGGCCUCAACUACCCAGAGAUCCGCAUCAACAAGCUGCUGAGAAUUGGCCGCAUGAUGGAGUUCUUCACGAGGACAGAGACUAAAACCAACUACCCCAACAUCUUCCGCAUUGGAAACCUUAUUAUGUACAUCCUCAUUAUUAUCCACUGGAAUGCCUGCAUGUUCUUCUCUUUCUCUAAAUAUAUUGGUUUUGGUGCUGAUGACUGGGUUUACCCAGCUCUGGAUGAUCCAGAAGAGCCUGACUUUGGGCUACCUAUGAGGAAGUAUGCGUUCAGCCUCUACUGGUCCACACUGACACUAACCACCAUUGGAGAAACCCCACCACCAGCUCUGGACUCUGAAUUUUUAUUUCAUGUAGUGGACUUCUUAGUUGGCGUCUUGAUCUUUGCUACCAUCGUGGGAAACAUCGCCACCAUGAUUUCCAAUAUGAAUGCUGCCCAAGCCCAGUUCCAGUCCCGCAUUGACAACAUCAAGCAGUACAUGCAGGUUCGAAAGGUGAGCAAGGAGCUUGAGUUGCGAGUCAUCAAGUGGUUCGAUUAUCUGUGGAACAACGGCAAGGCGCAGGAUGAAAGAGAAGUGCUGCGGUAUCUUCCCGACAAACUGAAAGCAGAAAUAGCCAUCCAAGUCCACAUGGACACACUGAAGAAAGUCCGCAUUUUUGCAGACUGCGAGGCGGGCCUGCUGAUCGAGCUGGUGCUCAAACUGAGGCCGCAGGUGUUCAGCCCCGGAGACUACAUCUGCAAAAAGGGAGACAUCGGCCGUGAGAUGUAUAUUAUCAAAGACGGAAAACUUGCAGUCGUUGCUGAUGAUGGUGUCACACAGUUUGUUGUACUAGGAAGCGGCAGCUACUUUGGCGAGAUCAGCAUCCUUAAUAUUAAAGGCAGCAAAGCGGGAAACAGGCGGACAGCCAACAUUCGCAGCAUCGGAUACUCAGAUCUCUUUUGCCUGUCCAAGGAUGACCUCAUGGAAUCACUGCAAGAGUAUCCAGAUGCCAAAGGCAUGCUAGAGGAGAAGGGUCGGCAGAUCCUGAUGAAAGAUGGUCUGAUAGAUUUGGACCCAGCUAACAUCAAGCCCGAAGUCAAAGAGCUGGAGGAUAAGGUCAAUAAAUUAUACAGCACAAUGGAGCUGAUGCAAAUGAAGCUCAAGAAAAUCCUGGGAAAUUACAAGAAAGUUGACAAAGAUCUGAGGCAUCGUAUCAAAGACCUGGAGCACUUAACAGGCGAGGAAGUAGAAGAAGAUGAGGAGGAGGAGGAAGAAGUGAAAAAGCCAGAGGUAGUUGAGACAAAGGAAGAUGAAAAAGCAGAAGAGGGAGAAGGAGGUGGAGAGAAAACUGAUGAAACUAAAGAUGAAGAAGGAAAGGAGGCAGAAGAAGAGGAGAAGAAAGACGAGGAAAUGACAGAGGAAGAGAAAAAAUAAACCCCUUCCUUUGUUUUUUAUGUAGCUAUAGUUGAAUCUUUGUCACAAAGAAUUCUUUCUCACUGGACUUAAAAUUACUCAAUAAUAAUUAGAUAGAUGAAGAAUAAGAUAUGCUUAAGAGGGACUGAAGCACCCACUGUAACUCAUUUUAAAAUGUGUUCAUCAUGUAUAUAUAUAUAUUUAUGUACAGUACUGUGCAAAAGUUUUAGGCAGGUGUGUGGGG